GAGGUGAGUAUAAAAGCGUUGCUGUCAGGAAUUAGGAAAUAUUCCUCAGGAGAAAAUACACAGAGAGAUAUUUCCAAGACUUCUCACUCCAUAAUCACGCAGACAGGCAGAUAAACAAGCCGCAAGAUGAGGAGCCUUCUUCAGUGUCUGGCACUCUGUGCUGUGGUCUCCCUCUGCGUCUGCUAUGACUCUCAUGAAAGCACAGAAUCCCUUGAAGAUUUGUUUGUGGCCCCGCAUCGAGCCAACGCAUUCAUCCCGCCACAGAGGGGCAACGCACACAACCCACCCAGAGGAAACGGCUACAACUAUUACUUUGGAAGGAAGAUGAAGUCUCCAGCGGAGAGACAGGCGGAGAUCUGUGAGGACUACUCUCCCUGCCGCUACUAUGCCUAUCGCAACGGCUACCAGCAGGCCUACCAGAGAUACUUUGCGUCCCAAAAUCAACCCCAGGGACCAGCUGCAGCUCGUCAAUACUAAAACUUAAAGUAUCUGUCUGUCUAAUGCAAAAAUGAUCAUUCUCGUCUGGAUAUGAGUGUGCAUUACUACAUUCCACAUAUCCUUUUAUAUAAUUUAUGUUGUUUUUAUGGCCUCUUCUAGAUGUGAUAUGACAAUCCUAGAAGAAAACACAUUUUUAUAAAUACUGAGGCAUCCAGUAAGGCUCAAAUCUCCUGGCAACCCAUCAUUAUACACAUGUAGAAAUACAUGACCCAUCUUUUAUAUAAUCUCAGGAUAACUUUUUAUCCACUAUUAUCACACCUUCCCAGCAUUUAUGAGAUUUAUGUGAUGUGCUUGAAUGAAAAUGACUCUGUUUUGCGCACUGUUCGCUAACCAUUUCUUACAUUAUCCACCUAUCUAUGCAGGCCAGCACUGUUGUCAGAGGGAAUAAUCUAGUUUUCUUUUCAUAAGGUGUAUCUGUCACACUUUGACACACUGUGUGUCAGAGAUUAUUUCCAUUGCUUUGAAAAAACAAUAAAAUCUCCUUUAUUGGGUUUUGUCUUAA